AUUAAAAUGAAUUAAAAUGAAUUUUUUCGUCAAAUAUAAUAACAAAUUACUUAAUUAUUUAUAAUAAUACAACAUACAACAAGGCCGUGAGUGCCGUCUGGUCGUGUAACGAUGGGUGCUACGGCGGCGAACGAACCGAAAUCGGAAAUUUCAAAUUAUGUCAAGUUGAACAUCGGUGGGUCGUUAUUCUACACGACUGUGACGACCCUCUCAAAACUUGACUCGAAGCUACGCGAUAUGGUGCUGUCUGAAGCGGCUCAAAAUGCUGAAACAUUGGAAUCUGAAGGAUGGGUGUUUAUCGACCGUUGUGGCAAACACUUUGGCACCAUACUCAACUUCCUGCGAGACGGAUCUGUACCAUUACCCGAAACAUGUGUAGAGAUAUCCGAGAUACUGGCCGAAACAAAGUACUACGGCAUUACUGAGCUGCACGACGCAUGUGAACAGGCGUUGCAGAAGAAAAGAAACGGCAACACAAACAUAACGUGGGUCACAUUGAUAACGUCCCAGACUGAAGCCCAGAAACUGAUAUCCGUAUCGUCAAAGCCGGUAGUGAAAUUUGCGAUUAACCGUCACAACAACAAAUAUUCAUAUACAGGGGCAUCGGAUGAUAAUCUAUUGAAAAACAUUGAGCUGUUCGAUAAACUGGCAGAAAAACAUAGAGAUCGCGGUUUAUUCAUUAAAGAUGUCAUUGGAUCAAACGAAAUUUGUUGUUGGACAUUUUAUGGUCCUGGGGGAGCUGUAAAAAAAGUUGCUGAAGUGUGUUGUACUUCAAUAGUGUAUGCUACAGACAAAAAACACACAAAAGUGGACUUUCCAGAGACUCGUAUACUUGAAGAGACCAUGAACGUGAUGCUAUUGGACACACGGAUCAACAAGUCUGUACAGGAACACGAACUAAUUGAGGCCACUUCAAGUUCAAAUGGAAAUUGUCGUUGCUCGUGUUCAAGUCAAUGGUCAGAUGUACAGUGGGAUAACAGUACGGCCAGCACAUUAUAGAACAAAUGAACACUAUGUAUGUUCACUUUUAAAUAAUUGUUAUGAGACAAUUUUUUUUAUCAAAAAAGUCUAACUUAUAAUAGUUCCCUGUAAAUGUUUGACUGCUAUAACUAAACUGAUGAAUAUCUUAGCAUAAUUUUUUACAAGAAAAUAGCAACCCUAAUGAUUAAGAUUACAUAAAAACUUAUAUUAUUAUUUUUUAUUAUUAAUAAAAGCCUCGGCAUCUAUGCCAUUGGCGACUACAGAUU